AUGUAGGGAUGCAAUAGAUCUUAAAAAAUAGCCAUCUGUACAGUUGGUUUGCCAGCUAGAGGGAAAACUUAUAUUUCUCGGAAAUUGAAUCGUUAUUUCAAUUGGUUAGGUUACAAGAGCAGAGUAUUCAUAAAUGGUAAUUACAGACGAGAAAUUUGUGGUACUGAAUGCAAUUCUAAAUUUUUUGAUCCUCAAAACGAAGAAGCUUAAAAAGCAAGGAAUGAUUGUGCAAAAAUGGCAUUAUAAGAUUUAAUAUAAUUUCUUAAGAACGGAGGAGACGUAGGGAUAUUAGAUGGAACAAACAUUACAAGAGAAAGAAGACAUUAGAUCGAAAGCGAUUUGAAAUCGUCUUUUAAUGGAAUUCAAACUCUGUGGAUUGAAUCCAUUUGUAAUGAUUCUAAAGUGAUUUAAAAUAAUAUCCGACUGACUAAGAUCAACAAUCCAGAUUAUUGCAACGUGAACUCUGAUGAAGCAACAAUAGAUUUCCUUAAUAGAAUCAAGAUGUACGAGCAAAUCUAUGAAACUAUAACCGACGAUGAGGAUCUCUCAUACAUCAAGACAAUGAACGUCGGAACAGACAUUAUAGUUCAUUAAGUCUAUGGCUUUCUGUUGUCCAAGAUCGUAUCCUUUAUAAUGAAUCUGCAUACCUACCCGAGACCAAUCUACUUGUCUAGACAUGGAGAGAGCCAGUACAAUGUUGAUGAUAGAGUAGGAGGAGAUUCCGAUUUAUCAGAGUUAGGCGAGAUGUACGCAGACAAGUUGGCAGAUUUCUUCUUCUAGGAAUUCCCCAUAAAGGAAGUUAAGAAUGAGAUCAUAUUCUUAACCUCAACAAUGAGAAGAGCUGUUCACACAUCUGAUGUCGUAGCAUCCAAAUUAGAAAUCUAGCCAUUGCAACUUAAGACAUUGGAUGAAAUCAACGUUGGAAUUUGUGAUGGAAUGACUUAUACUGAAAUUGGAUAGAAAUUCCCCAGUGAUUUCUAAGAAAGAAAAAUCAAUAAAUUAGGUUAUAGAUAUCCAAGAGGAGAGUCAUAUUUAGAUUUGAUUAGUAGAAUUGAACCUGUGAUCUUUGAGAAUUGA